CGGAAAAAUCACUCGACCAAGCGAGAAAACACGCACGCAAGCAAGACUGCAAAGAGACUGUCUAUUGAUUCGAGAUAUGUCGGAUUCCGGAGCAUCCCUGAAACAGUCUUUUCUCGGAGCCUUGCAAGCCUCGCUGUCUGUCCUGCUAACCCUAGGGUAUGGAGUCCUCUCGGCGAAGCUGAGGCUUGUGCAUCCCCGAAGUGUGGGAGAUGUAUCUCGCCUCUGCGUCGACGUGUUCCUACCAGCGUUGCUGAUAACGAGCAUUGGACGGCAAUUGACGCUGGAGGGCGUGGGGAACUACGCACCGUUUAUAGUCUGGGGCAUAGUGUACACAUUCACCUCCAUAGCUCUUGGCGCCCUCGGAAAGAAAGUUAUGAAUUUGCCGGACUGGAUAGUUCCUGCCGUUGCCUUCAAUAAUACUACUUCCCUACCGCUCCUACUCAUGCAAUCCCUCGCCGCGACGGGGAUUCUCAAGGGUAUUUCAGGCGGAGGCCAGCGGGAUGCCGUGGAACGCGCGAAAAGUUACUUCCUUAUCAACUCUAUGGUUUCAAACACACUCAUGUUCGCCCUUGGACCAAAGUUGAUGGACAAGAAUGAGUCCGAGAGCGCCAACGGCCGCGAUGCCGAAGCUCAACGCGAUCAGGAUAGUGAUGAGAACGCUUCGUUGUUGCCGGCUCUGGUCAGGAUCAGAGUACACAGCGUGCAGUCCUCAGCCCACAGGCAGUUCACCAAGCUCCCAACACGAGCCCAGAGCACGCUCUCGUUUGCCGGGGAUAUGGUUAACCCGCCCUUGGUCGGCGCGAUUGUAGCCGCAUUCAUCGGGUUGGUUCCAUCAUUACACAAAUCCUUUUUCGCAGACAUGGAGGACGGUGGAGUGUGCCGUGCGUGGCUGACCAGUUCUAUCUCGAAUAUUGGAGACCUGUUCACUGCGCUACAGAUGUUUGUCGUUGGCAGUCGGUUAUGUGAUAGUCUUGAUCCUGAGCAGGAAAUUGGUGAGAUUCCCAAGCGUGGGGUUGCAUUUGUCUGGGGGGUUAGGUUUUUGUUUUGCCCUGCCGUUGCCAUACCGGCGGUGUACUGCCUCGCAAGGAAUAACUUGCUCGGCGAGGACCCGGUGCUCUGGUUUAGCAUGAUGCUUAUGCCCGUUGGACCUUCCGCUAUGAUGAUGAGUUCACUAGUGGAAAUGAAUGGGAAUUCGCCGAAGGAUAAAAUGGCAGUUGCUAGGUUUCUGACUAUGUCAUACGCCAUCAGCCCGAUUAUCUGCUUCGUGGUAGUUGUCUCCCUCAAGGCUUCGGAGAUGGCGGUUAGGGGGUGA